UCAACAGAGGGAAAGAGAGUGUCAUUCAUUUUCUGGCUGGUGCUUUAAUUUGUUGGUUUUUGACAUAUUAAUUGGCUUUUUUGCAUUAGAUAGAGGGCACACAUAUAUAUAUAUAUAUAGAUAGAUAGAGAGAGAGAGAGAGAGAGAGAGAGAGAGAGAGAGAAAUUGAAGAAAGAUGAGGGAGAUAAUAAGCAUACACAUAGGGCAAGCUGGAAUUCAGGUGGGCAAUUCCUGCUGGGAGCUGUAUUGCCUUGAGCAUGAAAUCCAGCCUGAUGGCCGGAUGCCCAGUGAUACGACACUGGGUGUUGCACACGAUGCUUUUAAUACCUUCUUCAGUGAGACAGGUUCAGGCAAGCAUGUACCCAGGGCUAUCUUUGUUGACUUGGAACCUACUGUUAUUGAUGAAGUCAGAACUGGCACCUACCGCCAACUCUUUCAUCCCGAGCAGCUCAUUUCCGGCAAAGAGGAUGCUGCUAACAAUUUUGCAAGGGGCCACUAUACCGUUGGAAAGGAAAUUGUGGAUCUCUGUCUGGAUCGCAUAAGGAAAUUGGCAGAUAACUGCACUGGAUUGCAGGGAUUUUUGGUGUUCAAUGCUGUUGGUGGUGGUACUGGUUCUGGUUUGGGCUCCUUGCUAUUAGAACGCUUGUCUGUGGACUAUGGGAAAAAAUCAAAGCUUGGGUUCACCAUCUAUCCUUCACCCCAGGUUUCAACAGCUGUAGUUGAGCCUUAUAACAGUGUCCUCUCUACUCAUUCCCUGCUUGAGCACACAGAUGUGUCUGUGCUGUUGGACAACGAAGCCAUAUAUGACAUUUGCCGAAGAUCCCUAGACAUUGAGAGGCCAACUUACACCAAUUUGAAUAGAUUGAUAUCUCAAAUCAUAUCAUCAUUGACAACUUCCCUGAGGUUUGAUGGAGCCAUUAAUGUUGACGUUACAGAGUUCCAGACCAACCUUGUACCAUAUCCCCGUAUUCAUUUCAUGCUCUCCUCAUAUGCUCCUGUUAUCUCAGCUGAAAAGGCAUACCACGAGCAGCUAUCAGUUCCCGAGAUCACAAAUGCAGUGUUUGAGCCCUCAAGCAUGAUGGCCAAGUGCGAUCCUAGGCAUGGGAAAUACAUGGCCUGCUGCUUGAUGUACCGGGGAGAUGUUGUUCCCAAGGAUGUUAAUGCUGCUGUCGCUGCUAUCAAAACCAAAAGGACUGUUCAGUUUGUUGACUGGUGUCCAACUGGCUUCAAAUGCGGUAUCAACUACCAGCCUCCAACCGUUGUACCUGGAGGUGAUCUUGCCAAGGUGCAGCGGGCAGUUUGCAUGAUCAGCAACAACACGGCAGUGGCUGAGGUGUUCUCACGCAUUGAUCAUAAAUUCGAUCUCAUGUAUGCCAAGAGGGCAUUUGUUCACUGGUAUGUUGGUGAAGGCAUGGAAGAAGGGGAGUUUUCAGAAGCUCGUGAAGAUCUGGCUGCUCUUGAGAAAGAUUAUGAGGAAGUUGGUGCUGAAGGUGUGGAUGAUGAAGAUGAAGGUGAAGAUUACUAAUGUCGUUAUAUAAGGGCGGGCACAUCUAUCUUGAAAUGAUUCUGUGUACAAGGAUUUGCAUAUCACACUUCCCUUUAUAUCUUCUCUCUUUUUUGUUUUGUAUUGUGCAGUGUCAUUGAUUAGCCACCUUUAUGCAGUGGAAAUUGUCCAAAAUUAUGCCCGUAUGUUUUGAUUUUAUAUGUUUGUAUGGUAUCAAUGAAUUGAUUUUUCAGAA